GGCAGCGCAUUAACACCGAAUUUAUUAGACAUCGGAGGAUAUCUGCUCCUGCCAAUGGGAGCGCGACCUAAGUGGUGGAUUACGUCAGACCACAAAAUAGAGCUACCCCCUUUUUCGGACCAGUACGCUUUCCUCUCCUCACCCUUUACCCCGCAGUAGUGCCUCGUCACGCUGACGGUUUCUCUCCUCCUCUCUGUUUCAUGCCUUUACACUCGUAGACAUUAUUUUCAUCAUGACGCGCGACGCGACUCAAACUACAGAAGCCAUACAGCCCGUAAAGGUGCCGAAGCUAACAUUCUUUACGCCAGAAGUAACAUCCUAUUUUAUCGCGGGGGGUUGUGCUGGUGCAGCCUCAAGGACAGUCGUGAGUCCUCUGGAGAGGCUGAAGAUUAUUCAGCAAGUGCAACCGAGGUCGUCAGAGCAACAGUACAAAGGCGUGUGGAGGAGCCUUGUUCGCAUGUGGCAGGAGGAGGGAUUUAGAGGAUACAUGAGGGGCAAUGGCAUCAACUGCUUGAGAAUAGUGCCAUACAGUGCCGUACAGUUUACGACUUAUGAACAGUUGAAGAAGCUGUUCACCAGUCAUGGGUCCAGAGAACUAGAUACCCCCAAGCGACUGGCAGCUGGCGCUUUGGCAGGUAUUACAUCUGUAUGUUCGACAUACCCCUUAGACCUGGUUCGCGCACGCCUAUCAAUUGCUACAGCGUCAAUACCUGUUUCUCUGCAGUCUAAAUCCAAUACCUCUUUGGCGUCUUCGACUAUAUCAACUUCGACCGGAUCGACUUCGCCAUUGAAACACGCACUCUCGACCGCUUACCACACGUCUGCGAGCGGUUCUAAUUAUACAGCAUCAGAGUUGACAAUCUGGGGCAUGACUUUGAAGAUAGUCCGGGAGGAGGGCGGCAUUCGAGGGCUCUACAGGGGAUUAAUUGCGACGGCAGUAGGUGUCGCUCCAUACGUAGGGAUCAACUUUGCGGCGUACGAAUUCUUCCGAGGUAUCAUUACCCCUCCAGGGAAGAGCAGUGUUUCGAGGAAGUUGGCGUGCGGUGCAUUAGCCGGAUCGAUAUCACAGACAUUGACAUACCCGUUUGACGUGCUGCGUCGUAAGAUGCAGGUAACCGGAAUGAGGUCAUCAGGACUGGGGAUAGCGUACUCAGGUGCCUUCGAUGCGCUUACUGGGAUCAUUAGGACAGAGGGUGUUCGAGGGCUGUACCGUGGUCUUUGGCCAAAUCUUCUGAAGGUAGCUCCUAGCAUCGCAACGUCGUUCUUCACAUACGAAUUGGUGAAGGACUUCUUGGUGGGCCCGUAAAGCGUCCAUUUCUUGGUGGCACCAUAAUUUGGCAUCACCUCGCUUGUCGAUUGCAUUCACCAUCGGCCACAGACCAAGUUGGAUAUCGUUCAUACUGUACAGGAGGUCGACCGAUUAUUAUCUCAGAAGAUUGCUAUACGGGAACAUGAAUAGAGGGAUUGUCGAGGGCGGAUCCUUGGGUGAGAUAUCUAAGUCAAGAAGCUGCAACUGCUGAUGGUCUGGUUCCGUAUGAUGAACUGAGAGCAUGGGCCGGACAACGGGUACCGAAAACGGAGCAAU